AGAAUUAAAUAUACGUAAUUAGAAAUUAUAGUAACGGUCUCACCCUUCCACCACACCCUCAUCUCCGAUGGCUGCGACAGGCGGCGGCGGCAGGAGAGAAGGGUCAACCAAAAUUGUGGCUGAUCAAAUCUCGCAGUCUGUGCAGUCCACCUCCAAUCUUCUUCAUCUCAUGCUCCAGUCCUCCCCCUCUCGCGCUCAACUGAUGAAGCUUCCAAGAAAUCUUCUGUCUCUGACUUCCACCAUAAAAAACACAGAGUCAGUAUUGGAGCAGAUGCCUCAAGUUGUUUCAUCUCUGGACACACAUGUAGAAAGAGGAUUGCAAUGUCUGCCUCAUCUUGAUACUGUAGUUCAGUUACUUUCCCAUAUGCAAAGCAGCCAGCUUAAGCCUUUGUCCAGAGCUGACCUUGGUCAACAGCAGGACCUUAAACUUUCGGAGCAAGUUCCAAGGGUGACCUAGCCUUGAAAUUUGCAAGGCAUUUGUCGACGCUGAUGCCUCUCAUACACUAUAACUCAAAACCGCCUGUGCAUUCCCUGAAACCUCACCGCCAUCAGCAAGGAGCGAGCAGGAUCUAGCCCUAUCUGAGUCGCUGCCGGAAUUGCAAGCUCCAGGAAAAUAAACUGAAUUUUUCAUGUAGGAUUCUACAAAUUUAAAUGUUCUUAGUUCAUCUUCAAUCAAGAUUGUUGCGAUUGUACCAUUGAUUUAUUCGAAAAUUUGAUGAUUUUUUGGUUUUUAA